CAGCACCAGCAGUGCCGGAGGCAAUACCGGGGUCGGUACCGGCUCAGCGCGGGUAGCGGGGCACUACCGGCGGUAAUGGGAGUACCGGGGUCAGUCCGAGCAGUUACCCGGGCAGUACCGGGGUCGAUAUCGAGGAAGGAGAAGAGGGAUCCCUGUGUCCUGCCAGAGGAAGGAGGAGCCCAGAGAAGGCUCUCAUCGAUCCUUCCCAGCUGUGCAGAGCAGCCGGGACUCAGCUGUGAGCUGCCAAACUGACGGGGAGGACGCUGUCCUGCUGCCUGCCUGGCCCCGUCCCCACCCCACCGCCAGCACCACCGCUGUCCCCUCUGUCCCCUGCCAAUGCCGGCAGGUGGAGGCUGCACACGCAAUCACUGCACUGGCAUCCCAAGUGUGAGACCAAGCUGUGGGCCCUGUUUACUCCCGUGGGACAGUGGCCAUGGGGGCUGCUCUCUCCACUGGGGCGAUCGUGGCAAUUUCUUUUAACUGUGUCAUUGCAUUGCUCAUCCUCAUCCUCUUCCUCAUCCUCUGCAAAGCUUGCAGGACCCCUUCAUGCCCCAAGAAGAGCCCAGCUUCUGAUGCGGAUGAGUCAAGGAAUGAAGAGAAGUACCUGCUGCAGCCCUGAUCUGCCUGAUUUGGGGAGUUGGGUACCUAGCUGUGCCAGAGGAGUUUCCCCAGCCUGGAUGCUUGUGCUAGGACUGGGGUGCAAGACUAGGCAUGAUGAAAGCAGAGGGGACACCCAGCUGCUCACAGGGGCCAUGACAGGGGGCACAGUCCUUUGCCUUGGUGGUUUUAGUGUGUGAAGUUCCUGCGAGUGCCUGCAGUGAUCAUGGGGAUAGAGAGACAACAGCUGGGGAUGUGCUACAGGGACAAUCAUGCCUGUCCCAGCGGCCAGAAAGCACAGCAGGAGCCCUGCCCUCAUGUGCACCCUGUGCUCGGGAAGAGCCUAUGGGCCCGGGACAGUGGCCACCACAGUGCAGACCUGAGCAAGGCUGGGUGGAGGCUCAGAGAGGGGAGGCAGCAGGACUGGUACAGGCACUUUUUCCCAAGCAGGCUGGCUGUUCAAUGGUGGGGUGUGCCCAGGGGGACCCAAGCAGCCCUGGCCCUGCUGGCAGAGCAGGGUGUUACCAGUCCAGAUGUUUGGGGGUGGCCCUGGGGUGCCGUGGGUCCCCAGCCUCAGGAUGGCAUUUGGCACACAUCUGCCCAAGCAGCCAGUUUGAUGAGGCACAAGAGGGUCUGCAUGGUCUGCCCGAUCCUCCCCAGUCUGUCUGCCAAUCCCCUCCAGCAUUAGCACUAAUGCUACUAGGCAAACAGCCCUCUUCCUCACCGUGGGUUUGUCCCUGCCUUCCCUCCUGCCUACUGCCAGCUGAAGCCAGACAGUGGGAUUUGGCCAGCCUGCGAGCAGCAGACGUGCCCUCGCUGGCAUUCCCAUCCCCACUGACAGCUUUUUCCUGGGGAGGUGGGAGAUGUGGGGAGAUGAGAGUGCCCAGACAAACAGCACUGAAGGUUCUUUGACCCCGACUGUUCCCUGGGGAUCACAGUGGCUCUGUGGGGAGGGAUGCUGGUAGUCUGGCUUGUCCUCAAGCCUGGCUGCUGCAUCCCCUGCCCUGCCAGCAGGUGCCGUGGGUUUUGGAGGGCUCUGCCUUGCCUAUCCUAGAGCCGAGCAAUAGCCAUGGUCACUGCUGGCACAGCCACUGCAAUAAGGGGACAGAGGGGUGGGGUGGGAGGGACACUGGCCAGGGUCCCUGCACAGGCUUGGCCAGGCCUGGCAGAGCCUGGGGUUCCUCCCCAUGUCAGGUGUAGUGAACACAUCCCUUUGCAGCCUUGUUUUUACUAGACUAAUAAACCAAUUGUAGGACCCA